UGUUAUUUUACCUUAAUAAUUCUUAUCACCUUCUAUACAAACUUACACAUACAUCUUCCUAUAUAAAUACACAUAACCAACCAAGCAAUCAACAUCAACAUUCACAAAAAAAACUUGUUUAAUUAGUAAAGAUAAGUCUCGGAGAAAAAAAAAAAAAAAUGAUGAACACAAAGAGUGUAGCCUUGUUAAUGGUGGUGAUGAUGGUAACAAUGGGAAUGGAGAACAUUUUGGUUCAGGCACAUCGUCAUCAUCAUCAUCAUCAUCAUUCUCCUUCUCCUUCUCCUUCUCCUUCUCCUUCACCUGAUUUUGAUGAUAUUUUUUCAGAAUCUCCUUCUCCUACACCAGAUUCUGAUUCUCCUUCUUCUUCACUAGAUUUUGAUCUUUCUUCAAAAUCUCCUUCUCAUUCACCAAAAUCAAAAGAAAAAUCAUCAUCAUAUUGCAUGAUUGGUUGUUCUUUUGAGAAGUGCUUUCACCAUGGCAAAAGCUCAAUGAUGAGAACAGGCCAUGAGGAAAAGUUUGAGUCAUGCAUGAAAAAAUGCUCGAAGAUAUGCAACAAGAAGAAGGAAAGCGAUGAUAUAUAUGUCUAAAUUACUAAAGAGCAAAUGAUUGUUGUUUCGCUCCUAGAAUGCUUUUGUCUUAUUACUUAAUACUUUACUCAUCAGAUAUAUGUAUCAUCUCAUAAUGUUUUGUAUGAGACGUAAUAAAUAUAUAAGGGAUAUAAUAAACAUUGAUAGUUUCUUUAAACAAUAAUAUCAUAUAGAUGUCUAACAAAUCUAGUGUAACACAGAAUAAAUUUAAAAGUUUUGAUUAAUUUACUAAUUUCAA